GGGACAGGAUCUGGGGGGUCAGUCUACACCCGCUGGGGGCGGUCCUCUUGCCCUUACACUGCUAAUCUUAUCUAUGAAGGAGUUAUGGGAACCUCCUACUACAGUCAUGGUGGAGGAAGCAACUACCUCUGCCUGCCACGCGACCCAUCAUGGCUGAACUACACUGAUGGUUUCCAGACAUAUGCCCGUAUGUAUGGUGUAGAAUAUGAAGUGAACGUCAUGCCAGAUGAUUUCUUCUCCAAGCAGAACAUUCCUCCAGGCAUUAAAUCUCUCCAUGACCAAGAUGCUGUCUGUGCCGUCUGCCACACCCCAGGGCGCCCAACCCAGCUGAUGAUUCCUGCCAAAACCUCCUGCCCCGGGGACUGGCUGAUGGAGUAUAAGGGGUACCUUAUGGCGGAGAGCAAGAACCACCAGCGUUCCGAGUACAUCUGUGUGGAUGAGGUGCCAGAAAUCGACAGUGCAGGGAUGAAAGACCAAAAUGGCGGGCUGCUAUACAAUGUAGAGGCCGUCUGUGGGUCUCUUCCAUGUCCUAAUUAUGUUGAUGGCCGCGAAUUGGCAUGUGUUGUCUGCACAUUGUGAUUUAAUUUUAUAACUCGAAUAAGGAGUAAUUAAGAUUGAAAAUGCUA